AUGGAAUAUAGUUUUCGAGAGCCAAAGGUGGUGAAAACAGAAACUACUGUAUCCGGUUUAUCUGGUAAUUGGCCUGUCACGGGGGACUCGCAAAAUGAAGAAGUAACUUUUUGUGCAGAAAGUGUAACAGAGAGUAUAGCAGCUGUACCAGAGGUGGCAAAUGUGAUUGACCCAAGUGACGUUUGUGAGUCGAAGAAAAAAGCUUUGUCGAGUGAUCUAGUGGAACAAGAGAAAAAGUUGGAGGACGAACAAUCGAAGAAAGCCAAAACGCCUAAGAAGAUUUUGAUAAAGUCAAAGAAAAAUGUGGAAGUAGUGCAAGAUAGUGCUGCGAAGAAGGCAGAGCAUGAUAAGUCUAAGGAAGAAAAUGUGGUUGCUGCUGUUUCUAUGGUUGAGAAAGUGUUAGAAAAUAGUCAAGCAAGCAUGCUCAAGAGUAAAGUUUCUUUAGAUGGGGUGGAAGAGUCGAAGAAAGCUAAAAAAAUUAAAAAGGUUUUGAAAAAGCCGAAGAAGAAAAAAGCUAAGGAAAUUCAAGGUACUGCUGAGAUCAAGUAUGGUGUAGAAGUCCCUGAGCUGUUGCAGGCAUCUAAUAGGUCUGUCAUGGAGGACUCACAAAAUGAAGAGGUAACUUUCUGUCCAGAAAUUGUGACAGAGAGUAUACCAGCUCUACCAAAGGUGGCAAAUGUGGUUGACCAAAGUGAAGUUGGCGAACCUGAGAAAAAAGCUUCAUCGAGUGAUGUAGUGGAACUAGAGAAAAAGUUGGAGGAUGAGGAAGAAUCGAAGAAAACCAAAACGCCUAAGAGGAUUUUGAUUAAGUCAAAGAAAAAUUUGGAGGUAGUGCAAGAUAGUGCUGCGAAGAAGGAAGACGAGGAAAAGUCUAUAGGGAAAGAAGAUAUUGUUGCUGUCCCUAUCAUCGAGAAAAUAUUAGAAGAUAGUCAAGCAAGUAUGCCCGUGGAAGAACCUAAGAAAGCCAAAAGGCCUAAGAAACUUUUGAAGAAGCCAAAGAAAAUAUUAGAGGAAGAGCAGUGUAGUGGUGCAAAAAAGGAAGAGCAUGGUAUGUCUAAGGAAGAAGAUGAGGUUGCUGCUGCUUCUAUUGUUGAGAAAAUGUUAGAAAAUAGUGAAGCAAGUGUGAUCAAGAGUAAAGUUUGUUUAGAUGAGGUGGAAGAGUCGAAGAAAGCUAAAAAAAUCAAAAAGGUUUUGAAAAAGCCGAAGAAGAAAAAAGCUAAGGAAAUUCAAGGUACUGCUGAGAUCAAGUAUGAUAUAGAAGUCCCUGAGCUGUUGCAGGCAUCUAAGAGUCCUGUCAUGGAGGACUCACGAAAUGAAGAGGUAACUUUUAGUCCAGAAAGUGUGACAGAGAGUAUAGCAGCUCUACCAAAGGUAGCAAAUGUUGUUGACCAAAGAGAGGUUGGCGAACCUCAGAAAAAAGCUUUGUCGAGUGAUCUAUUUGAACAAGAGAAAAAGUUGGAGGAGGAAGAAUUGAAGGAACCCAAAAUGCCUAUGAAGAUUUUGACAAAGUCAAAGAAUAAUGUGGAGGUAGUGCAAGGUAGUGCUGCGAAGAAUGAAGAGGGGGAAAAGUCUAAAGAGGAGGAAGAUAUUGUUGCUGUCUCUAUCAUCGAGAAAAUAUCAGAAGAUAGUCAAGCAAGUAUGCCCAAGAGGAAACUUGUUUUUGAUACCUUGGAAGAACCUAAGAAAGCCAAAAGGCCUAAGAAACUUCUGAAGAAAUCAAAGAAAAAAGUGGAGGAAGCGCAAUGUAGUGAAGCAAAAAAGGAAGAGCAUGAUGAGUCUAAGGAAGAAGAUGAGGUUGCUGCUGUUUCUAUGGUCCAGAAAGUGUUAGAAAAUAAUCAAUCAAGUGUGCUCAAGAGUAAAGUUGCUUUAAAUGAGGCGGUGGAGUCUAAAAAAGCUAAAAAAACUAAUAAGGUUUUGAAAAAGCCAAAGAAAAAAGCUGAGGAAGUGCAAGGUAGUGCUGUGAUCAAGUAUGACGUGGAAGUCCCUGAGCUUUUGCUGGUAUCUAGGAGGCAUGUCAUGGAGGACUCACAAAAUGAAGAUGUAACAUCUUGUCCAGAAAGUGUGACAGAGAGUAUAGCAGCUCUACCAAAGUUGGCAAAUGUGGUUGACCGAAGUGAAGUUGGCGAACCUAAGAAAAAAGCUUCAUCGAGUGAUCUAGUGGAACAAGAGAAAAAGUUGGAGGAGCAAGAAUUGAAGAAACCCAAAUUUCCUAAGAAGAUUUCGAAAAAGUCAAAGAAAAGUGUGGAGGUAGUGCAAGGUAGUGCUGCGAAGAAUGAACAGGAGGAAAAGUCUAAAGAGGAGGAAAAUAUUGUUGCUGUCCCUAUCAUCAAGAAAAUAUUAGAAGAUAGUCAAGCAAGUAUGCUCAAGAGGAAACUUGUUUUAGAUACCGUGGAAGAACUUAAGAAAGCCAAAAGGCCUAAGAAACUUUUGAAAAAGUCAAAGAAAAAAGUAGAGGAAGCACAAUGUAAUGAUGCAAAAUAUUAAGAGCAUGAUAAGUCUAAGGAAGAAGAUGAGGUUGCUGCUGUUUCUAUGGUUGAGAAUGUGUUAGAAAAUAGUCUAGCAAGUGUGCUCAAGAGUAAAGUUUCUUUAGAUGAGGUGGAAGAGUGGAAGAAAACAAAAAAAAAUUAAGAAGGUUUUGAAAAAGCCAAAGAAAAAAGCUAAGCAAAUGCAAGGUACUGCUGAGAUCAAGUAUGAUGUAAAAGUUCCUAAGCUGUUGCAGGCACCUAUUAGGCCUGUGACGGAUGACUCACAAAAUGAAGAAGUAACAUUUUGUCCAGAAAGGGCUACAGAGAGUGUAGCAGCUCUACCAAAGGUGGCAAAAGUUGUUAACAACAGUGAAGUUGGCGAACCUAAGAAGAAUACUUCACUGAGUGAUCUUGUACACCAAAAGGAAAAGUUGGAGGAGGAGGAAGAACUAAAGAAAGCCAAAAGACCAAAGAAGAUUUUGAAAAAGAUAAAGAAAAAAGUGGAGGAAGUGCAAGUUUGUGAUGCACAGAAAGAAGAAGAGGACAAGUCUGAGGUAGAAGAAAAGGUUGCUGUCUCUAUGGUUGAGGAAAUAUUAGAAGAUAGUCAUGUUUUAGAUACCGUGGAAGAACCUAAGAAAGCCAAAAGGCCUAAAAAGGUUUUGAAAAAGUCAAAGAAAAAGGUUGAGGAAGUUCAAGGUAGUGCUGCGAAGUAGGAAGAGGAAGAUAAGUAGGAGGAGAAAACCGCUGGGACCUAUCCAGCUCGAAACAGAUAUUCACUCUCCAACCGAGAAAGGGUAUUAGCCUAUUAGGUCUUGAAGUCUUUGGAUGUGAUAAAUGUGAACCAGGAAGCUCUAUAGGGUGACGUUGUUAAUGGCAGCAACUCCAGAUUGAAGCAAACCCCUAGCAUCAGUGAUAGGCUAUUAAGUAGUAACAUGUUGGGAUGACAAGAGUUGUUAAUUCCUCGCAGGGGUUAGACUAGGCAUGCGUCCAUUAGAGGUUGUACUCGAGAUCCCCAAGAUGAAGAUUCAUGCAAUUGCAACCACUAUGCAGAAAUUGAAAUACCUGAAAUGGCUUGGUUAUCAGUUCAUCUGCAGUCCUUUAGAUCAUCUCAAACUGUGGAUUUGGAUUGGACAGGUUGUUGGGAUGUUGAGCUUGACGAGAAAGACCUAAUGGAAAAACACCCGGAUCGGAAGUAGUUGGACCAGUUGUAUAGACUAAUGGUGGUUCUGGGACGUUGUUCGUAUGAUUCAGAUACUUCUGAUUAUCUGACCUGCGAUUUUGUCACUGGUGGAAUUAUGUGGGAUGAAGACUUAAGUUCGGAUGGCUGGGAUGAUGAAAAAAAGACUCGAAAAACUUGAAAUGAGGUUUAUGAAGGAAUAUUAGUAGGCCACUUCGAUUAUUCUGUAUUUCCCUAGUUGUUUGAUCUUGUCGCAUCCUGUCUCUGGUGAAGGUUUUGGUUGAGUUGAGGGGAGGAACUCAAGAAGGAGUCUGAAAGCUAUUAUCAUUCAGUUUGAGUUAAGGGAAGGAAGGAGUCUGAUUACAGGGUAAUGAUUGGAUCAAGUUCAGUUUCAUUAUCAAGAUGCAAGAUGGCAAGUGCAUCUCCCUCUCCAUCCCCUGCAGCUGGGUCUACUGAUGUGACACUGUCAAUAACACCUCAAGUUGAUGCUACAAAACAAGAAACACAAGCUAUAGAGCAGGCUACACAGGACCCUGCACCUGAGGUUGUACCGAAGAAGAAGGGGAAAACUAGAUCAAAAGUUUGGAAUGACUUUGUAAGGCUCAGUGAAGAACAAGCUCAGUGUAAGCAUUGUAAGAAGAAAUUGCAAGCACAUAGCAGAGGAAAUGGCACUUCCAGCAUGAAGACACAUUUAGGCACAUGCCCUCAGAAUCCCAACAAGAAGCAGAAGGGUCAGAAGAAUUUGAUGUUUCCACCUCCAAGACCAGGACAGUCAUCACAACUGGUUGUUGUAAGUUAUGACAAGGAUAUGUGUAGAAGAAGAUUGGCUGAGUUUGUCAUCAUAGAUGAACUUCCAUUUAGAAUUGUAGAAGGAGAAGGGUUUAGAAGAUACAGUGAACAGUUGGAGCCUAGAUUCAAGGUGCCAAGCAGGAUGACAAUUUACAGAGAUCUUUUAAUCAUCUACAAAGAUGAGAAAGAGAAGUUGAAGAAAUACUUCAAGGAAAGUAAACAAAGAGUCUCUCUCACAACUGAUACAUGGACUUCUCCAAACAACUUCAAUUAUAUGUGUGUGACAGUGCACUUCAUUGAUAUCCAUUGGAAGCUUCAAAAGAGGAUCAUUCUGUUUUACUUGAUCAAGGGUCAUACUGGAGUGGAUAUUGGGAAAAUGCUUAAGAAAUGUUUGCUGGAUUGGGGGCUAGAAGACCUUUUUGGUGUGACUUUGGACAAUAUCAGUGCAAAUAGUGUGGCAAUUGAGUAUCUUCAAACAAGUGUCAUCAAUUGGACCGGAGCAAAAGUGAGAUCUCAGUACAUGCAGCUAGAAAAUAAUUCUUUGAUGAACUGUCUGUGCGCUUGUUGUCAAAGAUGCUGUGCUGUUGUAUCACAAGUCCAUUGGAAGGAUCAGAUCAGUUAUCAAGUUUGUUACCGGCUCUCCCUCUAGGUUGGCCAAAUUCAAGGAAUGUGCUGCUCUCGAGAAGAUUGAUUGUAAGAAGAUGGUUUUCCUAGAUGUGAAGACCAGGUGGAAUGCUACGUAUCUGAUGCUUGAUGCUGCCAUUCCUUAUGAAAAAGUCUUUAAGAGGUUAGAAAGAGAAGAUAGGAGCUUUCGAGAUAAGUAUAUUUUCAAAGAAUCUGAAUGUGAAGCUUUGCCUAAUACUGAUGCUGAUAUUGUUGUAAUUGAUAAUGAAGAAUAUUAUCAUAGUUCAUCUAGUGAAUCUGAAUGUGAA